UUGUCUGAAGGCACUACCUUUCUACCCUGGGUAGCUAUAGAGAGACAGUUGGCCACAAGCAAUCCACAAGAGGUCCAGCCACACCAUUCGCGACCUUAAACCCACUGUCGACGUCUAGUUUGGGGGAAAAGUACACCUGUUGCGAGUUUGCGCCGUUGCGAUGCCAGGCUUCGCAGAUUCCUUCUGGACGCCCGACUAUGCUGCAGGACUGGGUGUUCUGUUCAGCAAGCUUCAACAGGGCGUCCAGGAGAAUAGACAGCUUCUAACGAUAGCUCGCAUGAGAGCUGAGGCUGAGGAAGUCUAUGGCCAACGUCUCGGAGAUAUUGCCCCGGCAGCCGACAAAAUCAAUGGCGGUUUCUCUCGCGAUGAUGGCGCAAGCGUGCGGAAGGCGUACGAUGGUGUACGGACGGAGAUGGAAGACGCUUCACGAAAUCACCGAAAAAUCGCCCAGAACAUUCGAGACUUGGUUGUUAACCCCUUUGCGCGCUGGUGCGAUGCACACGAAUCUCGGAUACAAGACUCACAAGACGAGCUUCAGGCCCGUAUCAAGGCUCAUGAUCGUCAAGCUGAGAUCGUGAAGAAGCUGCGCAGCGCUUACUUUAAUAAGUGUCGUUUAGCAGAGGAUAUCGAAGAGGAGAACAAGCUGGCUUUCCAGGAUCCUGAAAUGAGUCCUAAGGUCAACCAGAAUAUUCCCGAGAUCAAGGUGUCCCCACAAAAGGAAGAGCAAGAAGAGGAGGAAAUAUAUGAGAUUGGAGACGAGACAUACCAACCCGAGCAAGUGAAGAAAAUUUUAUCACAUAUGAUGAACACGAUCAAGAUGGGAGAGACCAAGGUCCCGAUUUUAGGGACCUACCAGAACACAUCUUGUGGCUCUGACAUCGUGGAAUACCUUCAACGACACAUGGGCACGACCAGCGUCAGCUAUUCCGAGCGCAUCGGUCAGGACCUUGUCUCCAAUGGUUUCCUUCGCUUGGUUGGCAAUGUCGGGAACAAUUUUGCAAACAGCUCCAAACUCUUUUAUCAAUGGCGCCCAAAAGCCUUCCAGAUGUCUGGGCUACCUGAGAAGAAAGGCCCUGCUUCACGGACAUUCUCGAUCCCUGUAUCUCCUGAGAGCGGAUCGGAGUCUCCUGUUGUUGGUGCUGUCAGCGAAUACCUUGCUGGAUGGAAUGUGCUGAAUAACCAGCACCCCAAUGAGACACAGCCAGAACGUUUGCGGCGCGAAGCAAGAGAGACAGACGAUAAGUAUAAGGCUGGUGUCAAGAAGCUAGAUGAGUUGCGCUGCGACUUAGAGGAGGCCAUUUUCCUUCAUCUCAAAUUCCUUGAGCGAUGUGAACUAGACAGACUGAAAGCGAUCAAGACAGUUGUUCUUGAUUUCUCGGGCACCAUCGGCAAUGUUAUUCCCAGCCUUCAGUCCACAGUUGAUAACAUGGUUCUCUAUCAAGAAACCAUUCAACCUGGCGGCGAUUUACGCUAUCUCCUAGAGAACUACAGAACAGGACGAUUCGCGCCCAAAGUCGUAACGUAUGAGAACUACUAUAACAAGGUGGAUGAACAAACGUUCGGCGUUGACUUAGAAGCUCGGGCGAGGGCUGAUAAGAAACGUGUGCCUAUCAUUGUUACGACCCUUCUCACUUAUCUAGACCACCAUUAUCCCGAUCUUGAAGGCGACGAAGCAAGGCGCGGGAUAUGGCUUGCAGAUGUGCAAUUGCCCCAAGUUCAUAAAUUGCGGGUCAAGAUAAACAACGGCAAACCUUUCUCUGCAGAAGUCUUAGCUGAAUUUGAUAUUCCUACUGUUGCUCAUUUGUUGAAACUCUACCUGCUUGAGUUACCUGAUUCCCUUGUGUCCUCUCAUGUCUAUGAAAUCAUCAGGACUAUCUACAAUACAACCACGGUAGACAGCACGGAUGAAGCACGCGUUGCUGUCUUGCAGCAAACACUCUCACAGUUACGAUUAACGAACAUCGCCACGCUUGAUGCUUGUAUGAAUCAUUUCACAAGACUGAUAGACCUGACCUCAGCAGAUGAAGACUAUAUCCAAAACCUAGCGACAACACUUGCGCCUUGUAUUUUGAGACCGCGAAUAGACACAUCGCUAACGAUGGAAGAGAAGCAUGCUUGCCGGCUUAUUCGCGAUUUGUUCGUUCACAAGGAUGCCAUCUUUGGCGAGCUGAAGCGCAUGUCGACCCUGUCACACUCUAGCUCUGUAAGUAACAACCGCCCGCGCGCCAUAAGCACAGACGAGAGCAAUAGAAGGGCUCAUAUGGAGGAACGGCAACGGGCUCUGCUUGAAAAGGCCGGACCUCGAGGCCGCGACAAAAGCCCAGCGCCGGGUCCUCGUCACAGGCGCGACCGUAGUACCGGUGGUCCUGAGACUCGCUUUCCCAUCGCUAGUCCAACAGCAUCAAGCGACCGCCAACGUAGUAGCCUCGGCAUGAACCCGAUGAAAAGGCAGAGCCUGGAAGUGCCGGAUGGAUCUGGGUCACCAGAAUUCAACGGUGGCACAAAUGGUGAUUCUCCCAAGCAGGACGGGGAGUCGAUUGUAUCCAAGCGCGACAGCUUGGGGCGCGCAGGCGCCACAGGCACACGCUUCGUAGGGGGACGACGCGUGACUCAGGGAAGCACGCCUUCGACGCCAAAGGUUUCUGCUGUCGAUGCCAGGCCAGGCAGCGAGACGCCUACCCAAGACAGAGGCGUCACCCUCGUUGACGCGCCAAUGAUGGACUAGUAAUGUUAGACCCCACCUGCCUUUCCACUUACAAUGUGUGGGAGCAAAGAACGAGAAUGAAUCGAACUUGGUACACCGGGUCUCCUUUCGCGAUAAUUAUUAUUGAUAAUGCAAGCAAGCUAGGAGACGAAGGUGGAGACGACUGCCAUGAUGGGAUACUAUCUAUUCCCUCCCUUUGGUGUGCCGUUUUAUACAAUGGGCGUCAAAGAACAAAAAAACCACUCGGAAAGC